AUGCCAGAAAAGGACCGCGACCCUGUGCAGCCAAUUCGCUGCACGAACUGUGCCCGGUGCGUGCACAGGGAUAAGGCCAUUAAGAAGUUCGUCAUUCGGAAUAUUCUAGAAGCCGCUGCUGUCAGGGACAUAUCUGAAGCAAGCAUCUUCGAUGCUUAUGUGCUUCCCAAGCUCUAUGUCAAGUGGCAUUACUGCUUGAGCUGUGCCAUUCAUAGCAAGGUCAUUGGGAAUCGAUCUCGUGAGGCCCAGAAGGACUGA